AUGGUGCAGCACUUUAAGGUGACCAUCUUCGGGGAUCAGCCGGUUUACGAUGGGAAGAGGAGCCUCUACACAGCCAACCCACUGCCUGUGGCCCCCGCAGGAGUGGAUCUGGACGUCACAUUGCCAGGCGAGGGGGGGAAGGGGCCCUUUAAGGUCAGCAUUAAGUUCGUGUCGCUGGUGAGCUGGCACCUCCUGCACGAGGUGCUGACGGGCCGCAGCAUGCCGGAGCCUCUGGAGCUGGACAAGCCCAUCAGCACCAACCCCGUCCACGCCGUCGACGUGGUGCUCCGCCACCUGCCCUCCAUGAAGUACACCCCUGUCGGCCGUUCGUUUUUCUCCGCCCCUGAGGGCUACGACCACCCCCUGGGCGGGGGGCGGGAGGUGUGGUUUGGGUUCCACCAAUCGGUGCGCCCCGCCAUGUGGAAGAUGAUGCUGAACAUCGACGUGUCCGCCACGGCCUUCUACAAAGCGCAGCCGGUGAUCCAGUUCAUGUGCGAGGUUCUGGACAUCCACAACAUCGACGAGCAGCCCCGCCCGCUCACCGACUCCCACAGAGUCAAAUUCACCAAAGAGAUCAAAGGUCUGAAGGUGGAGGUGACGCACUGCGGAACCAUGAGGAGGAAGUACCGCGUGUGCAACGUGACUCGCCGCCCCGCCAGCCACCAGACGUUCCCCCUGCAGCUGGAGAACGGGCAGACGGUGGAGCGCACGGUGGCCCAGUACUUCAGGGAGAAGUACAGUCUGCAGCUCAAAUACCCCCACCUGCCCUGUCUGCAGGUGGGGCAGGAGCAGAAGCACACCUACCUGCCCCUGGAGGUAUGUAACAUCGUAGCAGGGCAGCGCUGCAUAAAGAAGCUGACGGAUAAUCAGACCUCCACCAUGAUCAAAGCCACGGCGCGCUCUGCACCCGACAGACAGGAGGAGAUCAGCCGGCUGGUGCGCAGCGCGAACUACGAGGCGGACCCCUUCGUGCAGGAGUUCCAGUUCAAGGUGCGGGACGAGAUGGCCCACGUGACGGGCCGCGUCCUGCCUGCGCCCAUGCUGCAGUACGGGGGCAGGAACCGCACGGUGGCCACGCCCAGCCACGGCGUGUGGGACAUGCGGGGGAAGCAGUUCCACACGGGCGUGGAGAUCAAGAUGUGGGCCAUCGCCUGCUUCGCCACGCAGAGGCAGUGCCGCGAGGAGAUCUUAAAGGGAUUCACGGACCAGCUGCGGAAGAUCUCUAAGGAUGCCGGGAUGCCCAUCCAGGGCCAGCCGUGCUUCUGUAAAUACGCGCAGGGCGCAGACAGCGUGGAGCCCAUGUUCAGACACCUGAAGAACACCUACUCUGGGCUGCAGCUCAUCAUCGUCAUCCUGCCCGGCAAGACGCCCGUCUAUGCGGAGGUGAAGCGGGUGGGGGACACUCUGCUGGGAAUGGCCACUCAGUGCGUCCAGGUGAAGAACGUGGUGAAGACCUCUCCCCAGACCCUCUCCAACCUCUGCCUCAAGAUCAACGUCAAGCUGGGCGGCAUCAACAACAUCCUGGUGCCACACCAGCGGCCCUCAGUGUUCCAGCAGCCGGUGAUCUUCCUGGGGGCUGACGUGACCCACCCCCCCGCAGGAGACGGGAAGAAGCCCUCCAUCGCCGCGGUGGUGGGCAGCAUGGACGCCCACCCCAGCCGGUACUGCGCCACGGUUCGGGUCCAGAGGCCCAGGCAGGAGGUGAUCCAGGACCUGGCCUCCAUGGUCCGGGAGCUGCUGAUCCAGUUCUACAAGUCGACCCGCUACAAGCCCACCCGCAUCAUCUUCUACAGGGACGGGGUGUCCGAGGGCCAGUUCAGACAGGUGCUUUACUAUGAGCUGCUGGCGAUCCGUGAGGCCUGUAUCAGUCUGGAGAAAGAGUACCAGCCGGGCAUCACCUACAUCGUGGUGCAGAAACGCCACCACACCCGGCUGUUCUGUGCUGACCGCAACGAGAGGGUUGGCCGAAGUGGAAACAUUCCUGCUGGCACAACUGUGGACACCGACAUCACACACCCCUACGAGUUCGACUUUUACCUCUGCAGUCAUGCGGGGAUACAGGGCACGAGUCGCCCCUCCCACUACCACGUCCUGUGGGACGACAACUGCUUCACCGCCGACGAGUUCCAGCUCCUCACCUACCAGCUGUGCCACACCUACGUGCGCUGCACCCGCUCCGUCUCCAUCCCCGCCCCCGCCUACUACGCCCACCUGGUGGCCUUCAGAGCCCGCUACCACCUGGUGGACAAGGAGCACGACAGCGCGGAGGGCAGCCACGUCUCGGGACAGAGUAACGGGCGAGACCCCCAGGCGCUGGCCAAGGCGGUGCAGAUUCACCACGACACCUUACGCACCAUGUACUUCGCCUGAGCGCCGCGCCAUGGCAACAGCCACACCCCCCCCCCGCCCCGACGCACGCCCGCUCGGCCAACCAGAGCCAGUCACCACCGGAGGGGGGCGGAGCCUGAUCCGCACCUGACACUGUGCAGAGGGAGGCGGGGCCAGCCCGGACCAGGCCGGAAGGACGCAAGCCCCCGCUUUCAAAAAAAACGAAAAACGGAAAAACCGAAACGGAACAAACUUAACUUAAAAAACAAGGAACAACGGCGCUAUUAUGCAAUAUGAAACCAGCCAACCGCUUUUCGCCACCUCCCUCCCCCGCACCCCUCUCACAGCUGCCCCCCCACGCCCUGCUCUCCGCCCCCCACCCCCGCCACAGCCCGCCCCCCUGUCUGUCUGUCUGUCUGUGUCAGUCCCGUUUCUGCCCACAGGGUGGCGCUUCUGUCCCGGGUUCUGUUCCGUUUUUUAAUCCCGAGGUGUUUGUUUUUCAAAAUGGGGGGGAACGUCCUUCUUUCCAGAAUCGCCCCCCUCGUCCGAGCCUUUACCUCAACAGUUUUAGUGGCACCCCCCCCCC